AUGGCGCCGGCGGGCGGGGGCGGGCCGGCCCGAGGGCGCCUCCUCCUGGCGGCGCUGGCGCUGCUGGUGGCGCUGAGGGCGCGGGGGGCCCGGGGCCAGGGCGACCCUGCGCGGGGCGCCGUCCUGGGCAUGCGGCUGGCGGGCUGCAGCAAGCCGUGCGGGGUGAACCCGGACGGCAUCAUCUACGUGCCGGAGGACAGCACGGUGACGCUGCGGCUGUACGGCCAGCGCCUGGGCUCCAACUCCAGCAGCCUCAUCUCCUUCACCGAGGUGGACGCCCCGCACGACUCCCGCAACUCCAGCCUCUGCCCCGAGCUGACCAAGGACCUGGAGGUCAGGCAGCUGGUGAACGUGAGCCGCGGGAACACGUCGGGGCUGCUGGUGGUGCGCACCAGGUUCCUGCGGCGCAGCGAGAACGAGAAGCUGUACGCGCUGUGCACCCGCGCCGGGGCCGACGCGCCGUGGCAGCGCUGGACGGACAAGGACUCGCUGCUCAUCAUGCAGGAGGAGCAGGGGAGACUGCUGCCGCUCUGGCUGCGCGUCCUGCUCAUCCUGGGGCUGCUGGUGCUGUCGGGCAUGUUCUCCGGCCUCAACCUGGGGCUGAUGGCCCUGGACCCCAUGGAGCUGCGCAUCGUGCAGAACUGCGGCACCGACAAGGAGAAGCGCUACGCGCGCAAGAUCGAGCCCAUCCGGCGCAAGGGCAACUACCUGCUGUGCUCGCUGCUGCUGGGCAACGUGCUGGUCAACACCUCCCUCACCAUCCUUCUCGACAACCUCAUCGGGUCCGGCCUCAUGGCCGUGGCCUCCUCCACCGUGGGCAUCGUCAUCUUCGGGGAGAUUGUGCCCCAGGCUCUGUGCUCCCGCCACGGGCUGGCUGUGGGUGCCAACACCAUCAGCCUCACCAAGUUCUUUAUGCUGCUCACCUUUCCGCUCAGCUUCCCCAUCAGCAAGCUGCUGGACUUCGUGCUGGGCCAGGAGAUCGGCACAGUCUACAACCGGGAGAAGCUGAUGGAGAUGCUGAAGGUGACAGAGCCCUACAAUGACCUGGUGAAGGAGGAGCUGAACAUGAUCCAGGGUGCCCUGGAGCUGCGCACCAAGACGGUGGAGGACAUCAUGACGCAGCUCCAGGACUGCUUCAUGAUCCCCAGCGACGCCGUCCUCGACUUCAACACCAUGUCCGAGAUCAUGGAGAGCGGCUACACCCGCAUUCCCGUGUACGAGGACGAGCGCUCCAACAUCGUGGACAUCCUCUAUGUCAAGGACCUGGCCUUCGUGGACCCCGACGACUGCACGCCACUCAAGACCAUCACCCGCUUCUACAACCACCCGGUCCACUUUGUUUUCCACGACACCAAGCUGGACGCCAUGCUGGAGGAGUUCAAGAAGGGGAAGUCCCACCUGGCCAUCGUGCAGAAGGUCAACAACGAGGGCGAGGGUGACCCCUUCUACGAGGUGCUGGGCCUCGUCACCCUGGAGGACGUCAUCGAGGAGAUCAUCAAGUCCGAGAUCCUGGACGAGUCGGACAUGUACACUGACAACCGAAGUCGGAAACGGGUAUCUGAGAAGAACAAGAGAGACUUCUCAGCCUUUAAAGACACUGACAACGAACUCAAAGUGAAAAUUUCACCACAGCUUCUCCUGGCUGCUCACCGCUUCCUGUCCACGGAGGUCCCCCUGUUCAGCCCCUCCCUGAUAUCGGAGAAGAUCCUGCUGCGGCUGCUCAAGUACCCGGACGUCAUUCAGGAACUCAAGUUUGACGAGCACAACAAAUACUACGUCCGCCACUACCUGUACACCCGCAAUAAGCCGGCCGACUACUUCAUCCUCAUCCUGCAGGGGAAGGUGGAGGUGGAGGCUGGGAAGGAGAACAUGAAGUUCGAGACGGGCGCCUUCUCCUACUACGGGACCAUGGCCCUGACCGCGGCCCCCUCCGACCGCUCCCCACCCCACCCGUCCACCCUCAGCCGCUCGGCCUCGCUCAGCUACUCAGACCGCACGGACGCCACCAGCCCGGCACCCGCGGCGGGCAGCAGCACCCAGUUCAGCAGCAGCCUCCUGGGCCAGUACGUGUCUGACUUCAGCGUCCGGGCGCUCACGGACCUCCAGUACAUCAAGGUCACCCGGCAGCAGUACCAGAACGGGCUGCUGGCCUCACGCAUGGAGAACUGCCCCUCGCUGCCCAUGGACGGCUGCGCCAGCCACUCAGAGAACCUCGAGAGGCCUGAGCUGUCCGUGGUGGACGAGACCACGACGCUGCUCAACGAGCACAACUGCUUGCACAAAGCUGUCCACGAGAACGCCGUCUGACAGGAGGGCCCGGGGCCCCCCGCCAGCCCCGCGGGGGCCUCCCCAUCGGGCCCACGUGAAGACAGAGCGCCGAGCAGGCCAGAAGGGGGUGCAGAGGCCCGUCCCACCGAGCAGCCGGGCGGCCCUGCAGCGGGGACCUCUGAGGGAGCCGCUGCCCAGCCCCGGCCUGUCGGGCCAGCGGGUGAGCUCCCGGAGCCAGGGCCGGUUCUUACCGAGACUUCCUAAGCACGGCUCACUGCUCCUCCUGUUAGGUAUCUUGGGAAGGGAAAGGGGAAGGGAAGACAGGGUUAAAGAACUUUAUUUAGGACAGUUUUCUUUCUCCAAAAAACUUUUAAAAGGGGAAGGUUCCUCACCACGGGAAGCAAUAGCCAUAAUCUGUUUCCAGCCCUGAGCUCCUGGCUCAGGUCCCCGACUCAGGGAACCCACUGCUCCGCCCCUCCAGAGGUGGGUCCCAGCGCCCUGCCGGGGGCGGCGGCUCGGGAAACCACCACCUGGCCAGGUGCACCGAGGCUCGGCCGGACGCUGGGCUCACGGGCUCCGGGGAGUUGGGCGAGGCUGAGGCUUCUCCGUCUCUCCCCUGGUAAGGGGGCAGCUGCAGUGUUAGGCGGGGGCUUGCCCCCAGGCCUGCCCCCCACCACCGAGGGUUCUCCCCGAGGUGGGGGAGUGUUGGGGCAGAGGGGACGGGUCCGGGUCUCUCCCGGCUCCAGGAGCGAGCCUGGAUGGAGGCACCUGUGCUGCAGCAACUGGUUCCCCCUUCUCACCCCCAGCCGCGGACUGAGACCCCCCAGGCCCUUCUUGGCUGGCUCCUUGUUUCUAAUUCUGAAGCCCCAAUCCUUUUUAGGGUUUGGGGCAAGACGACAGGUUGGAAACCAACCUCAGCAGGUGUUCUGCGCCCUUUGCUCUGUGGCCAGGGCCCACCCGACUGCUUCACACUUAGGGAGCCCUGAGAAAGGAGGUUUUCUGCUCGAAAGGCUGACACCAGUAGUUCUGCCUCCUCUGCCUGCAUCACCCCGGGGGAGAGGCCACCUGGCCUCUGCCUGGCGGUUCAUGACCUUGUGGCUCGCAGGGAACUCCCCCAGCACUGAGUGGGGUGCCGCUGCAGAGCCCAGGCCUCCCUUCCCGGGGCUGCGGGACCAGGCCCCACAUGGCCGUCGGGGGACAGGUGUGGGGCCAGGAUUCCAGCGAGGGAGACUGCAGCCCCCGCCCAGGGUUGUGCAUCCACUCCCCUCCCGCUGCCCUCAGCCCUCACUCGUGGACCAGCCCCAGCGCCAAGCCUGCCUGUCCCGGGCCCCGGAGGGCCCCCAGUCUCGGGAGACGAGGUGGCGAGGCCGCGGGAACCACGCGAGGGAGGACAUCACCAGUGUGGUGCUGUGCCAGGGACGCCCUGACUCUCCUCCAGGAGCCCCCGCAGAGCCUGCAGUCGUGCUCCCAGGGGCGUGGGUAGAUGCACCUACAGCUACCUCUUGGUGCAGUCGCGGCCAGCGGAUAACCCCACCCUGUCGUCGGCCUCGCCGAGGGUCAGGAGUCUCCCCGCGUUUCUGGUCCGGCGACUUGCUCCUCCCAGUGCAAUUCUCCACUCCCAGCUGCACCUCUGGGUCCCGGGCUGGGCUGCCCCGGGGGCCGCCCGCCCCUCUGCAUCCUCUGGGUGGGGGUCCGGGGGCAGGCGAGUCACAGGCACCGGGCAAGGGACUCCUAUUUAUUUUGCAUAAGAUUUUAAUUUGUAUAUAUUUUGUGAUUUAUUUUGGCAUUGUUACGCAUUUGACUCUUGGGGAGUUUCGUUGUUAUGAGUCUUGUGUCUUCUGUCACAAAAUGAUAAUAUUUGCUAAACGAUAUAUGGAAUUUAUUUUUGAUUGGUAAUAAAAUACGGAAUACAUGUAA